GGCAAAGCAAAGGGGUGGCCGGGAACAGCAGCCUACAAGGAGGAUGCCUCAUCUCUGUCACACGGCUGUACCAUUAUUGGCUGGCAUUCAUGAACACAAUGUGGUUUUUGUCGUAUAUACUUCAGAAUGUAAUCCUUGCAAUCCAUAUAUCAUGAAAGAACUUCUUAUAAGAACUCUAUAUUCACUGGGUAGCAGACGAAUGGAUUCCAUGUUCAAUAUCAUCUGGUGUUCCAGCAAGGUAUUGAAGUGGCAGAAUGAAUUGGUAGAAUGUUCCCUCACCAACAUCAUAGAUGCAGCUUCUUGGAUCAGAACUCUGCUGAUGAAAAGCGAGGGGAAAGCCAGUGCUUGGAAUGCCAUUGAAGAAGCAAUAGAGGAUCCCAGCUGCCAAGCAAUAUAUCUGUUCACCAGCGGAUUGCCUGAAGGCUCCGUGGAAGAAAUCUGUAGCCACCUUAAAGAGACAAAGCAAUCAUGUCCAGUGCAUAUUGUGCAAUUGAUAGAAAAUAGAGACAGCAAUAUAAUUAGCUGUCAAAAGCUAUUGGAGAAAGUAGCCACGACGUCUGGUGGUACUUUCCAAGCUAUUGAUGGAGCUUCCUCUGAGGAUAAGACUGGCUGUAAUUUAGGUUUUCAUCAUCCUGGUAGCAUCAGCAAUCAUCUCAGCUUCCCUCCACUGGCAGAUCACUGCACAAAACUGUUUCCUUUGGGUGCAUGGGGUCCAGAUACUUGUAACACAGGUCUAAGAAGUCCCAUACAAGAGAAUUUAGGAGACUGUUCCACAAACAGCCAUCAUGUGCUGAGGGGGAUACGAGUUCUUGCCAGAAAACAGACAGAUGGCUAUUACUAUCUCAGUCAUAUUGUCCAAAAGGUGAAGGAUUCCAAUGAACAUGUUCUAGUUGAGUUUGAAAGAUGCCAGCGAUCACGGAAAGGAGAUGGGACCCUUGCUCCAUGGGACAAGAACGGCAAACGAUACGGCCCAGGCAUUGUUCUCCAAGUAGCAGAAACCAGGUCAGAUUAUUCAGCUUUCCAAAAUAGCAAAGUGCUGAUUAGCUUCUGGAAUGGCCGGACCAAGACAAUAUCAGCAGAUGUUGCUGUGAGAAUCCCUCUUCCAUUGUACGAGCGCAUCGUUCUUGAGCUUCAGAUGCCAUUGACAGCCAGGCAGCUGUUGGUGGAGCAGAAUCCAGAUUAUCCUUCUAUUGUGCCACCUGGAUAUCGGGCUUCGGGACCUUGCAUGCGUAACCAUUUACCUUGGAUGCCUUGGCUUCAGACUUUAAAAAUCCAUUGUAUUGGAGUCUGUGGGAGCAAUGCCCAUUUUUCUCCUUGGUCUUUCUGCUGCCCACUACAGAAUCAUAGUACAUCUCCAGUAAGUUCAACAUGGGCAGAUGAUACUUUGAUACCAAGAUUCAGCCCAUCAAAAGAGGAGCUGAGCAAGAAGUUAGAAGACCAAUUUUCAAUAGGAAAGCCUCCCACUUUGGAAAAUGAUAAGGAUGCCAAAGGAGAUAGCAGCAAACUAAAGAAGGAAACAAAUUUAGCAGAUGCAAAAUCUUGGGAAGAGAAAGAAAUCAAAGUUGCAGAACCCAGCAAGGAUCAGAAAGUGAUGGAUUCAGAAGAUGCGACAAACAAUACUAGCACCGUGGUUGAUAUAGCGACCAGUGCAGGCAAACAGACGACUCAACAAAACCAGAAAUGUUUUUUACAGCCCAACUUGAGUGGAUCUUCAACCCAGCUUUCCCAAAGAAAUGCUUCUCAGAGAACUUACUUGGCUAACAGUUCCAAACUCCAGGCAAAGCUUGACUGGGUGGACAGGUCCCUGAAGAAAGAUCGUGUCGCUAUUGAAUCUGUUUUGCACAUGAGAAGGAGCUACAGUGCACCACCGUCUGGACAGAAAUUACUGGAGAAAGAAGCCCCUUGGGAUAGUCCCAGAGAAGUGGAUGCCAACCCAGCUAAGAUAGACUUCAAACGGCAGAAGUGGGAGCAGAGACAGCUUAGGAAAGAGCAACAACAACAGGAAAUCCAUCUCAAAAGAGAGACGCGGCUUGAAAAUAAGAGGCAGCAGUCUCUCCAGCGGACAUUGCAAGGCUCACAAAGGCUUCAGGAGCAGAGUGACAGAGCUGAGCAGCAUCUGGAGCAGCUCCGAGAGGCAAAGACAGCGAGAAGAAAGCAGGAAUCCCAUUUGCGGGAAGAAGAAGGAAAGAAAGAGAACCAAAGGAAGGAAUUCUUAAAGGCACAGCACAAGCAGAGGGAGAAGCAGCUGGAAAAACAUAAUCAAAUGAUUGAUGGUCAGGAAAAAGAGAGGCUGGCCCUUCUCAGGAAUAGAAAAGAAGUCAUGCAAAAGAAUGCAGAAAUUACCCUGAAGGAACAGGAUGCAGAAAAUAAGAAGGAAGCUGUCAAAUGCCAGUUGUCCCAUAAGCGAGAGCAGAUUUUACAGAAUAAAGAAAAGGAGAUGCAGAUGCAGAAAGGACUCCUACAGUAUCUCAGGGAACAUGACCUCUUAUUGCUCCGUGCAUCUAUGCUACCAUAGAACAAACCAAUUUCUGCAGCCAAGGUACUAAAAGUGUUCACAGACAAUACAUUGUGAAAUGGUU